AUGUUCUCCCGACCGAUUCCGGCCACGGCGGCCAAUCUCAUGGAGACUAGCCAACUGCGCAGGAGAUAUUAUAGUGCACAAGUGUACGCGCAGACACAACGUGCACUCUCUAUUCCUAUCACUCUCAUAUUCCGGUGGGACGACCACUCGACACGACCAGUGAGAGUUAAGGCGCAGGACCGACGGCUUUACGUGCUCUCCGAGGCACGGGGG